AUGGUGCUCCAGCUGAGGAUGAGGGUGGUGGAAGAGCAAACCAGCGCCCUGGCGCGAGACCUGGAGGUGCUUGGUGUCGACAGGCAGAGCCUCGAGCAUUUCCACUCAAAGACUUCAGAAACACGUGCUAAUCAGCCAGCCAUUAGCCCUGUGCAGGCCAGGGUGGCAUUUGUGGGAGAAAAUACACUGUGGAAAAACUGUGAAACACUGGUGAAUCGAAUGUGUCGGUUAGAGAGUGUUGUACAGACACUGAAAUUAAACAUAUUCCGACUGCAGACAGAAAAGGAGCUGAAUCCAAAGCAUGCAGCCCAGUUGGAGCAGCGUCUGAAUGCAAUCCACAUGGAGCAUUUGCAAGAAAUGAAGAUUGUACAGCAAGAAGCAAUGAAGUUGCGCCAACACUUAAGUGAUAUGAAAGAGGCUGAAGAAAAGGCAAAAGAAGAAGUUCAGAGGCUGAGUACUGCUCUGGAGAUUACAACUGCAUCCAAGAUGGAUGUAAUGAUUGCAGCAGAGGAACUGAGGAACACAAAACAGAAAAUUAACUUUAGACUUCAGGAGCUAACAGAACAGCUGUCCCAGGAGAUCAAACUGAGGGAGUCUUUGGAGGAAUCCCAAGCAACUGUGAUGUAUCAUGUACAGGACAUUGAAACAACAGUAGAAGCAGAACGAAAGCAGGUGCAGAUAUUACGGCAGGACUGCCAAGAGUUGCGUAAAGAUGUCCAGCUAGCCCAAGUGAGGCUGCAAGAGGAGCAGGAAAGAACUGCUCAGCUGAAGCAACAGUGCACACAACUGAAAGCUGAGCUGGACUCCAGGAACUAUAUCAUUUCCCAGCUUGAUGAAGAAGCAAAAAUUGCACAGCUGUCCUUUAGCAAAAAAUGCAAAGAGAACCUGCAACUUCAGUCCAAAAUGACUGCUCUGCGAGAAACAGCAGAGAAAGUACAGGUUCUUAAUGACCACUUAAGCCAGCAAUGCUCAGAGCUCAGCACCACACUCCAAAGUGUUGCCAUGGAGAAUGCUAAACUAAUUUCAGAUCAUCAAACCAUGCUUAAGGCAGAACAAGAAAAGAGUUGUAAGCUGCAAGAGCAACACUCGCUUCUGAAUGCUGCCCAUGCCGACGUUCUCAGAGAGCUACAUAGUGUGCAGCAUGAGAGGGCUCAGCUUCAGAGAGCGCUGGAGGCCUUGCAUACAGAGCAUGGCAAAUACAGGCAGAAAGCAAGCCUUGCUGAGGAGGCAGCAAACACACAGAAACAGCUUUUGGAAUGUACUGUUGCUAGACUGCAAGGUGAACUUGAGACAGCUUUGCAAGAGAAAGGAUCUCUGCUGGCGGAAAAGGAAGAUCUUCAAGAGGAGCUAGAAAUGGUUUCAAUGAAAUUCACUUUGCAAACACUAGAGGAAGAGAACAAGAGGCUAUUGCAUCGCUUGGCUGCACUGGCACAUGAACAGUAUACCCAGCAGCAGGUACAACAGGUGCUGGCAGAGCUGACUGACAGCAAGAAUAAACUGGCCUUUAACAAAGGAAAACUUCAGAUGGCAAACUUGCAGCACCAGCUGGAGGCAGCAAAGGUUGAUAACACUAAGGUGACAGCCAUGUUGGAGCAUGUGUUAGCUUCUCAUAACAAGAUGCAAGCAGCUCUGGAUGUGGUACAAACUGAACUGGUACACAAAGACACUGAAAUCAGUAACCUCAGAAGAAACAAAAGCCAGACUCAACAGAAACUACAGAGGUUGGAAACAGAAUUGGAAUGUUGCCAAGCCAAACUGGUUGCCUUGGAAAGGCAGCACAGCAGCCAGGUGGAACCACUUUGUAAGUUAUUAGAAAGCAGAAGAACGGACAAGAAACUACUUCUUUGUUUGGAAGAAGUUCUGCAGGCCAAUAAGAACCUGCAGAGCAAGCUGAUCCAAACUCAGUACGAGCUGAAAAGUAAGGAAACUGAGCAUCAACAGCUGAUGGUCUGCAGGGAACAGCUAAUGGAAAAAGCCAAGACAGAGGAAAAGAUGUAUGCUGAACACUUAGGGUCUUUGAAGAAGCAGAUUCAAACUGAACAAGAGGCUUCCAGGAAAGCUGUCAAUCAAGAAUCCCCUGAGAUAAAGACAUCCCUUGAAGAAUCCUCCUCCAAAUUGGCUGAAGUUUCCCUUGCUAACAGGGAGCUGUGGCAGAAAAUAACAGAGCUGGAAAAGUCUUUGUCCAGUUACAGGGAAAAGCUAAAAAGCCAAAGAGCUCAAGUCAAACAAUGCCUGGCCUAUAAAGCUAACACAGAAAAGGUAAAGGAGACUGAAUCCGAACUGAGGAAAGUGGAAGCAAUAAAAGAGGAGUAUCAGAAGAAGACUUACGAACAGUCACAGGACGUCCAGAAAUUUGUGUCAGAGUUGAAAAGUGUGCAGAGCGAGAUGCAAGUGGUGUUGAAAAACCAACAUGAAGUGCAAGUGCAGAACAGGCAACUGGAGACCCAGCUGGAAGCAGAAAGAAGACGAAGGCAGCAGCUGGAAAACAAAUGUCAGAAACUGGAAAAAACAGUCAAACAUCUGAAGAAAUAUAAAGAGGGGACAGAAAAGAAACUGAAGGAAGCCAGCAUAGAGUCAGAACAGAUCACAGCUAGCCUAGAAGCAGCUCACCGCUGGUUCAAAUCUAAGUUUGACGGCCUGCAGCUAGAAGUUGGGAAGAACCACCAGCCAAAGAACCCCGAAGAGAGCAGCUUCAAAAAGGAUGUAAAGAAAGCAAGCACAUUCAUUUCAAAGGGAGAAGCAAAGAAAAUAGAUGAUUAUAACAUGGACAGGUUUUGUGCUUGUUCGACUAAAGAUCAGCUCAUCUUUGUCAUGGCUUACUCUUCCACGUGGUUCCAAUACAACCUAGCUUCAGUAUAG